CUGCUGCGACGGCAACGACGAAUACGACGACAACGACGACGACGGCGGCGACUACGACAAAACAGGCACCUCCUCCGCGGCCACGCACCCUCGCCCGUCGCCGACUCGUUCCCACGACCGCCACCGCCGUGCACCUCACUAGGCUGUGGCAGCAGCAGUAGUAUCCGUGUCCCCGGACAUUACGUCCGCCGGUUGUGUCCGCUCGCGCAUACGUAUAUCGCAUCUGUAAAUCGUAUCCCAUACAUUUAUAAAUAUAAUAUAUAGCGUGCACGCAAACGAUUGCCGCGUAGUAAUCGUAAUUAUUUUGUGCUCGUCCGUGUAGCACGUAAACCCGCAACGCGCUCCGGCCAUAUACAGCAGUUCGCCGCGUAUAGAAAUCGUUGUGUAAACACGGGCACACAACAGUUGUUCCGCGUGAUUCGUACAUAUUUUCGUCGAACCAAGGGUGGUGUUGACGACCGCGGAGACGAGCGAGGCGAAGAAGGAUAACUCUUUUUCCGUCCGCCUGCGGACGCCCUAAACGGCGCAUACACGCACGCACGAAAAACCCAAGGACCAAGAACUCCCGGCACCCAGUGACUCUAAAUGAUUUACCGUCGGCUGCAGCAGCAGCAACAGCAGCACCAGCGCAGUAGGGUUAUAAUCGUCUCGUGUUCCACAAAUACAUCGUUCCCCCGUCCGCACGUUGGCGGCGCGACACCGGCGCGAACAGCGGCCGUCGAGGGUAGCAGUGCGUCAGGAGCAAGGACUGCAGCAUCAACGGCAACGAUCUCGUCGUAAUACAGCAACGCAAAACUACUGCCGUAAAUUCUAGUUCAUAUAGUAUUGCUCACGACGCAACGUUCAGUGCUCAAUAACCGUACAUAGUUUAUACAACAAACAAAUAUAAUUAAAAAAAAAAAAAACAAAAAACUCAAGUAAUUCUAAUAAUUAUUAUAAAUAUAUUAAACACUGUACGACCGUAUUUAAAUAUAUUAUAUAUUAUAAACCGCGAACCGGCGCACGUUCUGCAUACGGGUCCGGCGUUGUUCAUUGUACACCGGGCAUUUAACAUUUUCUAAACGUUUCGAUGGACAACCAAAACACCACCACUUUCCUGCCACCGCCCAUUGACGGCGAGGCGUCGGCGCCGCUCGCGCAACCCGACGACGACUUUGUCGUGCCCUUAUCGGCGGCCGGUACCCCCAAUACGCCGGCCGACGACGGCGGCACCGGAUCUACCGUGUCGCCCGUGUCUCCGGUGCACCUUAACCGCCAACCGCACGGCGCCAUGAUGAUGGACGACGAGCCGACCGCCAGCGCGACUGACAACGAUGCGACGGACGACGGUGCCGGGCUGCUGCCACCUCCGGACGAAACGGAAAACGAUGAGAAAUCGUCCAACAAAGACGCGACCGAGACGAAAAAAGACGGCGACAACGACGACGACAACGACAACAAAGGCGGCGGCGGCGAUGGUAACGACGACGACCAGGUGCCCGUGUUGGCCAUGUCCGGAAUUCUACCGGCCACGGCGACCGGUGGCGUAAAGGCAGCGGCUGAUACGAAGAAAAUUACGAGCGGUGGCAACGAUUCAUCGACCGGUGGCACCGGCACCGGCACAGCGACCGGCAACGGUGACAGCAAAUCAAAAGACAAGUCUCGUUAUACAACAGGCAGUGGUGCGGGAGGUGGAGCGGACGUGGAGGAUCCCGGAACGAACAACUCGCAAGCAGCUUUGGGGUGUGGGACCACAUUUGAGUACGUUGUACUGGUAACGGCAUGCACAAUUCUGCUAUUAGCUGUCACCGGCACAACCGUAUAUUGGACUAUGGCCUACCGAGGUGGAUACGAUCCAAAUUGGUUGCCUUGGCCGCCACAAACUCCGAAGCAACUACUGUCUGUUGGCGUUUUUACUUACAAGCACCCGCAAAACUUCACUGCCGGCGGCGAACUCAACGGUGACAUUAGCAUAACUACUACGACGACUGAGGCGACAACGAUAGAACAGCAGCAAUCCGCACAGCUGAACUCGUCGUCUUCAAAUAUCUUGAUCGAAGAUCGAAGAUUCAACCUACACCCGACUCUGAUGACGAUCGGGUUUGUCACCUUAACAGGAUUUUCUAUAUUGGUAUACAGAAUGGCUGCCGGAUGUUCAACUUCAUGCAGAGGUACUUACGUGAAGUUAACACAUGGAUUAUUACAUUUAGCCACGGUACCAUGUGUGGUGUUUGGAGCAGUGGCUGCCAUGGAAUAUCACCGUUUAAAACAUUUGCCGCAUUUGUAUUCUUUACACAGUUGGAUGGGAUUUUUGACAGUUUCACUUUUUGUUAUACAGUUCACUCUUGGAUUGUUCACAUUCGUGGUGUUAUUGUGUUGCCGUGGCGCGACAGCCGUAUGUCGCUUACGAUGUUUCGCGCCUAUACACGCUACUCUAGGAUUGUGCACGUUCACCCUGGCCAUAGCCACUUGUCUCACUGGACUUCAACAACGCGCAGACUUCACGAUUUUCAACAAUAACGGAAACGAUGAACGGGUAUUAUCCGAGCUGAUCAAACAGAAAUUACACUUGAACAAGGAACCGAUGGUGGUGAACGUGUUGGCUGUCCUAUUGGUGUCCGUGCUAGUUGUGGUGUCGUACACGGUACGCCGGGAAUCGCUCAAACGGAGACCCAACAACAAACCGUUGUACACAGCAACGGUGAGCCCUCUUCGCAUAAAAUCCUCGUCGUCAUCUACCGGAAAGUUUGGAUCGGGAAAGCAAUCGUCACAACCUCCGGUUUAAGAUGCGCCGCAGGUUUCGCAACGAUUCCCACUAUCAUUUUUACAUUAGAUAAUAGAAAAAAAUUCAAUUAAUAAGUAAUAAAACAAAAGUACAACAAUACUGUCAUCGACGUUCAUUGAUCUAGCCAUACAUAUAUAUAUAUAUAUAUAUAAUUUAUUAUAAAUAAAUAUCGAAAUUUAAAAUUCUAAAUUCGCAUUUCGGAUCAUCUCAACCGGCCUAAUUUUUCAUUUACAUUUUUAUAAUCUAUAUAAAUACCUACACUGCAAGUCAAUAUCCAUCGGCCGUGACAUUGAGCAAUUAAUUAAAUCUGUUUUUAAACGUAACGUCGUAUUAUCUCUGUGUUCCAGAUUCCUAUUUGUCUUCCUUUUCCCACAUUUCUUUUUUAAUAUCUACUUUUCAUAUAUGUUCAUUUAUAUGAUUUAUAUGAUUAACGCAAAAGUAUGUUACAAUUGACAUAAUACUAAAAUAAUAUCUCUGAUCGAGUAUUUUAUAUUUACACGUGUUUAUGUAGUACCUAUAAUUUAAAUAUAAUAUUUUAGAUACUGUAAUAUUAUUCAAUUAUAAUCAAUUUUUUUUUCUAAACUAUCGCGUCGUUACUAUUAGAUAUUUAUGUUUCGGAAUUUAUGUUUAAUUUUUAUACACGCAAAUACACGCAGACAUAAAGUACCGGAUCUAGGCAAUUUGAUGUCCGGGGCUAAUAAAAAUCCAGCGUCCUAAAAA